AUGCGCAGGAAGCCAGGUGCCUGCCGGCUUGCGAAGAGCCGGCAGCAUCGCACGCGGCCCGGCGUCCUCAUGGUGCUGUGUCAGGGCGCCGAGGCUACGGCUGUUGCCCCCACGGCGGGGAAGGAGCUGGAGGGGCCGCGGGGCCGGGAGGACGGUGCGGACGCGGGGCGGCCCUGCCUGCAGCCGGCACCCGGCGUAGAGGCGGCGGCGGGCGCCGAAGAGCGCCGCGUUUGCGGCUGCUGCCCGGGUUUGCCCUGGCCGCGCUCCUGCAAAGCACCCGGUGAGGAGGGUACGAAGAAAACUGCCUGUCCAGGACUUGGUCUCUUUUACACCUUACUGUCCGCCUUCCUUUUCUCAGUGGCCUCUUUAUUCCUUAAAAAAAUAGAAGAUGUACACUCAGUGGAAGUGAGUGCAUUUCGAUGCGUUUUCCAAAUGGCAUUUGUUCUACCUGGUUUAAUAUACUACAAAACAGGGUUUUUGGGACCAAAAGGUAAAAGAAUUUUUCUUUUCUUCCGAGGACUCCUUGGCUCUAGUGCAAUGAUUCUUCUCUACUAUGCUUUCCAAGUAAUGCCUCUAGCUGAUGCCACUGUUAUAACUUUCAGCUGUCCUGUUUUUACAUCAUUACUGGCAUGGAUCUUUCUCAAAGAAAAAUACAGCGUUUGGGAUCUUCUCUUUACCCUCUUCACAAUCAUUGGAGUUACUCUAAUUGCCAGACCACCGUUUCUGUUUGGGUCAAAUGUUACAGGGAUUGAAGGAAGUUACUCAGAUCACCUUAAAGGAACUAUUGCAGCAAUUGCAAGCACGGUAUCUGCAGCAUUAACUAUUGUUAUACUUAGAAAGGUGGGAAAAUCUGUGCAUUAUUUUCUGUCAAUUUGGUAUUAUGCGGUCAUCGGUUUAAUUGGAUGUGUUAUAGCAUUGUUUGUUAUGAAUGAAUGGCGUUUACCAUACUGUGGUAAAGACAGAGUUUUUCUCAUAUUAAUAGGCAUAUUAGGGCUAGGGGGACAGAUAUUUCUCACAAAAGCACUACAGAUAGAGAAAGCUGGGCCUGUAGCCAUAAUGAGAACGAUGGAUGUGGUGUUUGCUUUCAUUUUACAGAUUCUUUUUCUCAAUCAUCUACCAACUUGGUGGACUGUGGGUGGUGCCCUUUGUGUAGUAGCUAGUAGUUCUGGGACUGCCAUUCGUAAGUGGAGACAAAGCUCAAAGAAAGCUGAACAAAAUGAAAUCUAACAACACAGACACUACUUCAUUACAGAAAUUAAUAAUCUUGAAAUAUAUAUUAAAAAUAUUUAUUUUUAUUUAUUUAAAGUAUCUCAUUUAUGAAAUUAUAGUACCAAACCGUAGCCAAUAAAAGAAAUUGGUUUUAAUAAAAACAAAACAACAUCGAAAGCAAAUUGAAGAUGUUUUGACAACUAAUUAAGUAUAUAUGCUUUUUUCCCCUCAUAUUUGGUCAUGCAAAUAUAAGAAGUAGGAAGAUUCUUAAAAGUUGCUUGCUUUACAUCUGAAGUGGAUGAUUGUUAGCUGGGAUUUUGUUUUCCUAAAAUACCUGUACCAGAUUCUCCAUUUUUUGGACCCUUUCUCUAUUCUUCUGAGCAGUGGAAUUUUCCCAGGCUUAUUUGUACUAAUCUGUGAUUGAUUAUGAGAGGGAUUUCAGUUCAAAUAAUUAGAAGGGAAUAAAGAAUUAUAGUCUUACCUCUAACUUCUGUGGAACAGAUAAAGCUUGCACAUCUUGCACAUCUACCAACUUUCUGCUUUUGUUUUUUCCUUACUCCCCCCCCCCUCAAAAAAGAAACAAACAAAAAACCAAAGGCAUUGGGAUGUUCUUAUUGGAAUUCUGAAAGAACAAAGGGUAUUCCAUCUUUUCAGGUCAUGUCAAGACAAGAUUAACCUUUGGAAAUUUUCAUCUUUGCUUUCUUAAAAAACAACAACAACAAAAUUGGUCCUGCUUUACAGGCAUAAUAAACAAUCCUUAUUUUAAUAUGUUCUCAAUAAAUACAUCUUUAAUUACUGCAGUCUUGGUGAGGAGAGGUAAUAGGUAACUACAUACCACUUGUAAGCUCUUUCCUGUGGUAUAGAAUAUUAUGCUGUAGCUGCACUUUUCUUUACUCUAUGCAAAAGAUUGUAUUUUUUAGAUACUUAAUAUAGGUUAUUUUAAAUGCUACUUAGGAGUGAUUUCUUUAUAUUCUCUAUGAAAGUUCUUUAUGAAACCGUUUAAGUUCUCUUGGCCUUCAUAAGCUUAGGCAAAUGCCUUAAUGUAAGUCCUUUUUCCUAAGACUUUACAAGAGAGUGCACACUACUUGUGGUUCACAGAAAAUACACAUUUGCCAACUUCAUAGCACAGAUUCUAUAGAACGGGUUUGUGCAGCACUUGGUGGGAGGGUGGAGCUCACACUCAGUGCAUCAGGCAGUGCUAGUGGGCAGCUUCACCCCUGUUUCUAUGCACGUUUUAAAUCUGCACUUAGUCACUUCUCUAACACAGCUUCUCAUGUUGAUAUGCUUCACCUUUAGAUAAUGAUGAAUACUGAGGAAAAAGGCCUAUGUUACUGAUCUCGGCCUCCUUCACGUUUGAAGGAGGGAUAUAUAUUAAAUGUGAGGUGGGGGGGAUUUUCUUUAAUGAAUUGUUGUGUGCUUUUGGGUCUUGUCUUGGUAGUUCUCAAAGAAAAACUUCACUUGGGUCUUUGCCUGUUGCUUUGUAUCACAAGGUGUUUCUCAGUUAUUUACACACCCCCAUGUCCUUCUAAAGGAGUGUGUUGUAGCCAAUAGCCAUUGCACUCUGGGAGAGCAGCCCUUGGAGAGUUGAGCCCUGAAGAAGUGGAAUCUUCAUACUUCAAAGCGUAUCUAGAUGAAAGGAGCUAUUUUUGUGCAAGAUUUCAUUCUUUAACAUUGUGAACAUGAGCAGAUUCCAUCCUGGUGGUAAAAUCACUUUCUGCAUAUAGCUGGCUGUUCACUGCUUUUCCCGAAGGCUGAAGUUCACCACUCCUGACAUUGUCAGCAAUAGUGUGAAACUGGUUUCACAUCUGUU